AUGGACCUGGGAUUGCUCUCGCCCAUGUCCAAGAUCCCCCCUGACGCAACGGAAUCGCCCAUCCCGCGGCUGCUCGAAAAGGCCUUUCUCGAUGCUGGCUUGGGUGCAAGGCUACUCAGCCGCACGAGAGUUCCCAUCAUCAAGCUUUGCGAAGAGCCUCCCGAAUCCCUCCGCCAGGCACUCUUGGCUGAGCGUGAGAAGUGGGAAAACGGCGUCGAGAACGAGGCGCCAGAGGCCGCGGCCGACGAAGAAUUUGAACACGAAAUAGUCUCCCCGUGCGAUGGCGUCGCGAGCCCCAAGUCACAGAAGAAGGAUGCUAAUGUGCCAUUCACGGAGUUUGAGAUUUCGUGCGGCGAUGGCGGAGGGCCGAGACGCUUUCGCCUUUGGCAGGGUCCAAACCUUACGCUCGCAGCGUACUAUGGUCUAGCUAAGAGGCUGUUGCGUCGAGCAGGCGGACGAGAUGUUACCAUUUCAAAUCAACGCGAAUUCACUGCUACCGACUGGGCAAUCUUGAACCGCGUCUGCCAAGCUUUUAUCCAAGGGCUCUCUGACCCUUUGCUCCAGGAGCGAGUGGCGAGAUACCCUUCUCUAUCCUUUCAGCCGCUAUACAACAUGCCAAAUGAUCGGUCUCUCCUUGGCGUCUUCACGCAGAUGGAAGGAGAACAGGCAUUGCAGAUCUGGGAAACUUGGCCGGCCAGGGACGAACUUUAUGACGCCCAGCCACAGGCCGAGCAGGCCUUGUCUGCCUGGAAGGACGUCCAAUGGAGGAGAAAUUAUGGCGUUGACCCCGUUCAAUACACCAAAGAUCUGCAAAUGGCUCUUGAUAGGAUCAAAAGAAUACCGUCUGUCCAACUGAUUCUCCUGGAGCAGGGUCAGCAGGAAACACCUUCACAAUACUUUGCGAGGACCAAAGGUUUCCUGAAUGGCCUGCGUUAUGGCUCGCGGGAAGUUUCCGACGCAACGCGGCUGGAAGUCGCCAAUCGAUACAUCUCGGGCGUCACGCAGAAUGACGUGCGCGUCUUCCUCAAGGAGGUAGUCGGCCAUUCAAACGGCGAGGUCGACUUCGAGGCGGUGGGCCUUGGGCAUAAGACUUUCCAUCUUUCUCGACAACUUGAAAGCGCUCUUGACAAGGGCACUUUCGAUGCGGGCCAGACGAGGGACAUUGCAGACUACAUUGCGCUGCUCCGGUCGCCGCCUCGCCGAGCCUAUACAGGGCCGGUGGACUACAAGCUUGUCAUUCCCGUGCCGCCCGAAUCAAUCCUGCUUAUCCUGAGGAUCCGAGACCUACAUGACAUACACAACAUGGCUUCGAGCCAGCCAAGGGACAAAUAUCGAGACGACCUGGAGUUUCCCACGUCUGGAGCCGGCGUCCAGUGCGACAUCAACUUCUCCGCCCAUCUCGCUCUCCACAACACUGCGCUCCUGCGCUGCUACUCCCACACAGAUCCCAGAGUGCGGCCAAUGGUGCUUUUUGUGAAGCACUGGGCAAAGGCGCGGGGGAUAAACUCUGGCUACCGCGGCACCCUAAGCAGCUAUGGCUAUGUACUGAUGGUGUUGCAUUACCUCGUCAACGUCGUCCAACCCUCAAAUCCAUCACCGGUCGAGAUUGAAACGACACUUUGGUGCCGCGGCCGCAACAUCCAGUUCUGGCGCAACGAGCGCGAAAUACUGCACCUCGCAGGCACCAAACAGCUCAACCACAACGCCGAGAGUCUCGGAAACCUCUUGCGCGGCUUCUUCGAGUACUUUGCGCACACCGGUAUCUUGAGCAGCGGCGUUGGCAAGGGCUUCGACUGGGGAAGAGACGUCCUGAGCCUACGGGCGCAAGGCGGAUUGCUCACCAAGCAGGAAAAGGGCUGGACCGGGGCGAAGACGGUCUUUGAAGUUCAGAGCGCGGCCAACCCCCAGGCCGAGCAGGCCAUGGGAUCAGGCGCAGCCGGCCAUGCCAACAAAGGCCAACAGGCACAUCCACCGAAGAAGGGCGGGGAGGUCAAGGAGAUACGUCACCGCUACCUUUUCGCCAUCGAGGAUCCUUUCGAGCUGGAUCAUAACGUCGCCCGAACAGUCACGCACAACGGCAUCGUGUCGAUACGUGAUGAGUUUCGCCGCGCUUGGCGGAUUAUCCGCGUAGCAGGGAGCUCUGCCGCGCAGGAAGACUUGCUACAGGAUGUCAAGAAUUUGCAGGAAAGGUCGAAUCCAUUCCUCCAAUUGUUGGAUGAAAUUCAUGGCUCAGAGGGGACUUGGGGAGCUAUGGCAUAA